UUAAAGUGACAUACUGUAGUGAGAAUUGAACAAUGGCAGGUGUGACACAGAAACUGGCUUGUGUAAGGCUGCAAAACAUGAUUCACAGAAAGUGGAUGAAAUUAUCUGCUUUUCUCGUGCUCCUGCUUAAUCUAUCACACUGCUUUGCUUAUCCAGAUGAAAAUUUUUUGAUCUACAAUGCACAGAAGAACAAAUGCUUGACGGACAACUUGAGGUUUAUAGCAGUGUGUGACCCUCUCAGCCUAAAACAGCAGUUUCGUUGGACUUCUGAGAAUCGAAUUUUUAAUGUUGCCCAGAAGAAAUGCCUUGGUGUAGGGAGCAAGAAAGAGGGCAAUAAACUGCAGUGGUACAUCUGUAAUGCCCCAAACGACCUCCAAAAGUGGGAAUGCACGAAUGAUACACAGUUUAGCCUGAAGAAUGAGUCUCUAUAUUUGUCUCUUCUGGGAGAAUCUAUUUCUCUAACAAUGUCAAGAAAGCAGGAAGACAAGAGCCAGUGGACAAUACAUGGAACAACAGACAACAUUUGCUCUCAGCCAUAUCAAGAAUCGUAUACACUUAGAGGAAAUGGCUUUGGGCGUCCGUGUCAUUUUCCAUUUAGGUAUAAAAAUAAAUGGUAUGCCGACUGCACAAUUGAUGGCUCCUCCAACAAACGCCUGUGGUGUGCAAUUGAAAGUAUAUAUGAAGAUAAUGAGCUCUGGGGUUAUUGCCCGACACGUGAAACAGAUGAUUUCUGGACCAAGAACCCUCUAACAGGAAUGCAUUACCAAAUAAACAAAGAGUCAGCACUUACCUGGUAUCAGGCCAGAAAAAGCUGUCAGCAGCAGGGGGGAGACCUGGCGAGCAUCACUGAGCCCCACGAGCAAACACUCAUAUCAGGUUUGACUCAGGGAAAAGGCCCAGUGCUGUGGACAGGGCUAAACAGUUUAGAUCCUUCAAGUGGAUGGCACUGGAUCAAUGGGCAACCUUUACGCUAUUUAAACUGGCUAAGUGGACAACCAUCUUCUCAACCAGGCCGAAGCUGUGGGGCAGUAAAUCAACAAUAUGAUUCCAAAUGGUCCACUGAUGAUUGUUCUGCAAGACAUGGAUAUAUCUGCCAGAAAGUCCUCCAAACUCCUACCAUUCCACCAAUGGUGCACACAGGUUCUUGCCCCAGACCAUGGAUACCUUACUUAGGUCACUGCUAUUAUCUUAAUCGAGCCAAAAAAACAUGGUCAGAGGCAAAAGAUUCCUGUCGUCGUGAUGGUGGGGAUCUGCUGAGCAUUCUCAGUGUAGAGGAACAAAGCUUUGCCAUCUCACAACUUGGAUACUUAAAGACAGACGAGUUGUGGAUCGGUUUAAACGACCUCAAGACUGCGAUGUAUUUUGAGUGGAGUGAUCAUUCCAGUGUCCCAUUUGUCUCAUGGGAGAUCAAUGAACCAAGCCACAAUGCUGACAAUAAAGAGGACUGUGUUAUAAUGAGAGGAGAGGAAGGCAAGUGGGCUGAUGAAAUCUGUAAACACAAGUAUGGAUUCAUCUGUAAGAAAGAUGCAAAUUCAACACCAUCUAUUAAUGAUACAGUUAUCACAAGUCCUGGCUGCAAGUCUGGAUGGACCAGAUAUGGAUACUACUGCUACUUCAUAGGAACAGAAAUUAAAACCUUUGAUGAGGCCAAACAGAUGUGUGUGAAAUCUGAUUCUUAUUUGGUUGACAUCACAAACAGAGUUGAAAAUGCCUUCCUGAUCAGCUUGGUAGGGAUGCGACCAGAGAAGCACUUCUGGAUUGGGCUCUCUAAUACCAAGGAUCGACACACUUUUGAGUGGACUAACAGCCGAAAGGUUUUGUACACUCAUUUUAAUGCAGGAAUGCCAGGGAGGAAACAGGGCUGUGUCGCCAUAACCACAGGAACACUUGCUGGACUAUGGGAUGUGAUAAGUUGCACAAAUAAAGAAAAAUAUAUCUGUAAGCAGAUGGCCGUGGAUGUUAUCACUACACCAGCUCCCACAACCAUCCCAGCUCCCAACUGCAGCAACGAAUGGUUCCCACUUAUGAACAGAGACUUCUGUGUAAAGUUAUUUGACAUGGAACGUGAACAAAAGAAGACCUGGUUUGAAGCUCUCGACUUCUGCAGAAAACUUGGGGGUGAUCUACUAAGUAUCCAUGGGCCUUAUGAUUUGUACUCGAUUAAACAUAUCAGGACCGAGUCAGCCUGGAUUGGUUACAGCAUCCAGGAUCCAUCUGUGGGUUAUGUAUGGAGUGAUGGAUCCUCUACAUCUUAUGAAAUCUGGGAAGAUGGUGAACCAAACAAUUACAACAAUGUGGAAAAUUGUGCUGAAAUCAUGUUUUGGUGGGGGCCCAAACGAGGAGAAUGGAAUGACCUGCAAUGUGAGGACAAACGGAGCUGGUUUUGUGAAAUUCAAAAAGGAAUUACACCAAAUGAAGUGGAAAUUACAACCCAAACAUAUAAUAAAACAGACGAUGACUGGAUUAUAUUCAAUGACAAUCAGUAUUUUAUCUCUGAAUAUCCAUCUGGCUCUAUGAAAGAAGCCAGAAUGUUCUGUAAGCAAAAACAUGGUGAUCUUGUGACCAUCAGUGAUGAGAAAGAAAGAUUAUUUCUGUGGCAUCAGGUCAAAUUAUAUCGGGAUUAUUAUAUAGGCAUGAUAGUUGAUCUGGAUAAGUCUUUUACGUGGAUGGAUGGAUUCCCAGUUGUAUAUGAGGCAUGGCAAAAAAAUCAGCCUGCUUGUCUGAACGAUGAGGAGCGUUGUGUAAAGAUGACUUUUAAUCAAGGGCUGUGGGAGAGUGUUAAUUGUGGUGAAGGAUUAAAUUUUAUCUGCAAACGAAGUGGCGAUGUCAAAGUCAAUUCCACUGCUGCUCCUAUUGAGCCCCCCAUAGGAGGCUGCGCUCCUGACUGGAUGAAGUUUGAGUCAAAGUGUUAUAAAAUAGAACUGGAGCUGAAAACAUGGCGUGAAGCCAGAUCAUACUGUAGACUUCUUGGAGGAGAUCUAACUUCUAUUACUAGCAGACUUCAGCAAGCCUAUUUAACCUUACUGCUGGAUGGACGUAAGAAUGAUGAUGUAUGGAUUGGCUUCAGUAACUUGGCAAACAGUGGAUAUAAAUGGACAGAUGGGUCUGUUGUCAGUUAUACAGACUGGGCCAAAGGACAACCAUUAAGAUCAGAGUGGGAAUGGGAAAGUGAGGAAAAAUCUUGCAUAGCAAUGGGUAACAUGCAGAGACCUGAGCAGGGCAAGUGGAUAACAAAAGACUGUAAUGAUACAAGUGGAUUUAUUUGCAGUCGUGAUGUUGAUCAUUUUAUUAAACCAAUUUCAACAAAAAUACCUACAACUUUCAUCAAGCUUGGAAAUGAUUCCUACAUGAUCUUGCAAAAAAACUUGACCUGGAGUGAAGCAAAGCAGCAGUGUGAGUUAGAGGGUGCACAUCUGGCAAGUAUUCGGGACGUCCUUGCUCAAUCUUACAUUGAACUGCAGACUUCAAAACUUGGACAACCUUUAUGGAUUGGCCUUAACAGUGCAGAGACAGAUGAGUACUUUCUCUGGAUUGAUAACUGGCACCUGAAUAUGGAGAAUUGGGGUGAAAAUGAACCAAAGAGCAACCAACCCUGUGUUUAUGUGGAUGUGGAGGGAAAAUGGAAAACUGCCUACUGUAAUGAAACUUCCUACAGCGUGUGUAAAAAAUCAACAGAAAUUGCUCCAACUCCACCAAUGCAGUACCCUGGUGUGUGUCCUGGCAUAAUUGAUGUUCAACCAAGGAUGAUAUGGAUCCCUUAUAGAGGACACUGCUAUGCAUUUGUGAAAGAAUCUGUAUCAUGGAGCAGAGCCUCCCAGCUCUGUUUGUCAAGAGGUGCCAAUCUUGUCAGUAUUGAAGACACAAAAGAGGCAAAAUUUAUAGAAAAUUACAUCAGUUUUCUUGGGAAUGAUCGGGAAAAGUUUUCAAUAGGCCUUUUUAAGACACAUGCAGAACAUUGGCUGUGGCUGGACAGAAGUGUAGUGGAUUAUACCAAUUGGGAAGAACCUACAGAGUAUGAUGAUGAUUAUGAGCAAGACUGUGCAUUUAUCUCCACCAAAACUAAACAAUGGGGAAAACAACACUGCCUAUAUAAUGAUGACGCAUUAUUUAUCUGCAAAAUAGUCAAGGUUGCAAAGCCAACCUCUGCAACAAUUGGUCCUACAGACAAGCCUGUAACACAUAGGAGUCUUGCUGUUGUGGCUGUGGUCAUAGUGAUUGCAGUGAUAUCUAUGGUGGCUGCAUUGGCUUACGUCUACCGGAGAAGGACUCGCAACUGGGCGACUGCAUCGUUUUUUGAGAACCCAAUGUGUUACACCACAGAAACCUCCUCACCAGAGGAUAAAGAUAAUAAAACAUUAGUUGACCAAAUGGAAAAUAAUUACUAAGUUACAUGAAUGUGAUUUGUAACACAAUAUUUCUUAUAAUAUUUUUCCUUUAAAUAUUCAGCUAAAUCCAAGGCAGACAUUUUGGAAAAUAUUUAGCAUUAUUUUCCAUUUUAUGAAGUUAAAAACUGCCAAAAAGGUUAGAUGGAAAGGUAUCAGAACACCCAGCAGAGUGGGCAUGGGGCCAAGCAGGCAAAGAGUUUAAGAUUCAACAUUGCAUUUAAGGUUGUUGCCUCCAAAUUCCCCGAUCCCAAUUCUGUUACAGAUAAACGUAGUUUGUUGGACAAACAAGCACAUUCCACAGGCCCCCACCCUGCAACCCACAGCACGCAAAGUAUCUGCUGCUAACAUCUUAGUGACACAGAAACACCAACUGAAGUCUUGUAAAAUCAUUAGAGCUGCCAUGGUGGCAAAUGGAGAACCUAAAACAUACAGUAUGGCACUGGGUUUACAUGUAUGCCUGUUUGGUAUUCAUAUAUACUUUAAAAAUCUUUUUGUACACAUUGGUCAGACCAGUAACCAAUUUAAGAAAAACAUCUGUCAGUAUGUCUACAUGUCUGUCCAGGCAAUUUUGUCACAGCAGCAUGCAAAACUGACUGGACAGAAUUUUUUAAAACUUAGCCGUUCCUUUGGUAUUUGGCUGAAGUUAAAUCUGUGCCAUAAAUAAAAUCAAAAUGUUGAGUGGAAGAGAUGUUAUAAGCUUCAAGGUGGGCGUGGCUAUAUGCGUCACUCAAC